GUGUCAUCCUACAUCACGCCGCCCCAUCAGCUGCGGGUGAAGAUGCGUCCGGGCAAGAGCCACGAGGAUCUCUUCGAGGGUAAAGCGUCGAAGAAAAGCCACAAGAGCGGCUCGUCCAUCAUUGGUGCCUUGCAGUCUUUGCUCGGCGGUGAGGGAGCAGGCAAUGUCGUGAAGGCAUCCGAUGGAGAGGAAACCAUCCACAUCUUCAGUGUGGCCAGUGGACACCUCUAUGAGAAGCUCUUGGGCAUCAUGAUCCUCUCUGCGUGGAAGCCAGGCAUUCAUUCCAAUGAUGGCCCAGAGGCGCUGGCCGGGCGAUGGCAUGCGGGCGAUGGCUGGUACGACUUCAAGUAUGACUUUGUGACCUACAAGUGGCCUUCUUGGCUGAAUCCCCAAAGUGAAAAGCAGCGGUUAAUUUGGGCCUACAAGAUCCUCUUCUUAGAUGUGCUCUUUCCACAAGACGUGCCCAAGAUCAUUUUCAUCGAUGCGGAUCAGGUGGUGCGGGCGGAUGUGAAGGAGCUCUGGGACUUGGAUCUGCAGGGAAAAGUCUAUGGUUUCGUGCCGAUGGGUGAUUCCAAUCCUGACACCGAGGGCUUUCGCUUUUGGAAGCAAGGCUAUUGGAAAAGCCAUUUGGGUACCAUGCCGUAUCACAUCUCUGCCCUCUUUGUGGUUGACCUGGUGGAGUUCCGGCGGACCUCCACUGGGGAGACCCUGCGAGGCGUCUACAACCAGUUGAGCCGCGAUCCCAAUUCCCUGGCGAACUUGGAUCAGGACCUACCAAACUUCGCGCAGCAUCAGGUACCGAUCUUCACCUUGCCCAGCGAAUGGCUUUGGUGCGAAACCUGGUGUUCACAGGAGAGCAAAGACUUUGCCAAGACCAUUGACCUUUGUCAAAACCCAUUGACCAAGGAGCCCAAGAUUGUGAUGGCCAAACGCAUUAUCUCUGAGUGGCAGACGUUCCACAACGAGGUCCAAGCGCUGCAGGAAGAGCAUGACAACAUGUCGGCGGGAAAUCCUGCUGUGGCUGGAAAGGCAGAGCUUUGA